AUGACCAUGGGAGAGGAUGAAGAUACCAUCAUGGGCGAGGCACUUCCCCAUGCCCACCCUGCUCCUUCAAACCAUCUAACCACGGAUGGGGCCUCCAAGCAGAGAGUUUCUGGCCAUUUAAACGGGGAAUCCGACCCAUAUCUUGCAUCACCUCUACUGAGCCAGCCUGUACAGAUGCCUGUGAUUACUCAAUCUGGUAACUCAAUGUCAGUAGAAGCGAGCGUCUUGAUAGACAAGCAGGGGGAAGUGUCCUCUAAAGAUGCUGAAGGUUCAGCCGGUCCUGCAGGUUCUACUGCUGCGGACGCUCAAGAACAGCAGGACAGCGCUGCAGAGGAGAAUUCAGACUGGUCCGAUGACGAUGAGGUCGCCCACGUUGGUCUUCCACUUGCUUCGUUGCCUUCAGGGCUCUGUUACGAUGUUCAGAUGCGUUACCACUGUGAAGUCCGACCAACCUCAGAUGUGCACCCGGAAGAUCCGAGGAGAAUCUACUACAUCUUCAAGGAGCUCUGUCGGGCAGGGCUCGUUGACGAUAUAGAAUCUACGAGACCGCUUGUAGCGCGACCUCUCAGACGAAUCAAUGCCCGCAACGCGACAGAGGAAGAGAUAUCUCUCGUCCACACAACCGAACAUUAUGCUUUUGUCGAGAGCACGAAAGAUAUGUCUGACGAACAACUUAUUGAGCUGGAACACACUCGUGAUUCCAUAUAUUUCAACAAACUCACUUUUGCUUCGUCCUUGCUGUCUGUGGGAGGCGCGAUCGAAACAUGCUUAGCUGUCGCUACUCGCAAAGUGAAAAAUGCUAUUGCCGUCAUCCGCCCUCCUGGUCAUCACGCUGAGCAUGACAAGACAAUGGGAUUUUGCCUUUUUAAUAACGUCUCUGUCGCGGCGCGCGUUUGUCAGAAACAGCUGGGCGAUAGCUGCAGGAAAAUCUUGAUUCUUGACUGGGAUGUUCAUCACGGAAACGGGAUUCAGAAAGCAUUCUACGACGACCCUAACGUUCUGUACAUCUCGCUCCAUGUUUACCAGGAUGGGAAAUUCUACCCUGGAGGAGACGAAGGUGACUGGGACCACUGCGGUGCUGAUGCAGGCGUGGGAAGGAAUGUCAACAUACCCUGGCCUAGUCAAGGAAUGGGUGAUGGCGACUACAUGUAUGCCUUCCAACAGGUGGUUAUGCCUAUCGCUCAAGAGUUCAACCCCGAUUUGGUGAUUAUCGCCUCCGGUUUUGAUGCCGCCGUAGGUGAUGAGCUGGGAGGUUGUUUUGUCACACCGGCUUGCUACGCUCACAUGACACAUAUGUUGAUGACGCUUGCUCAUGGAAAAGUUGCCGUGUGCUUAGAGGGAGGUUACAACUUUAGAUCCAUCUCAAAAUCCGCCCUCGCUGUCACCAAGACACUCAUGGGAGAUCCGCCAGAUCGACUCCACUCCACUUCCCCUUCGGAUAUGGCAGUUUCCACUGUGAGGCGUGUGAUCAUGAUUCAGUCCAGCUACUGGCACUGCAUGUAUCCAAAGGGGCCUCAAGGGGAAGGGCUCUGGACCGAUAGGCUUCAUGAUGUCAUUCGCGCAUACCAGGCUAAGCAGCUUUAUGACAAUCAUCGACUGACGUCUCUGUAUAUCUAUCGAACUUCGAUAUCGAAAUCAUUUGAGAAUCAAGUCCUGGCUAGUCCGAAUUACCAUACGGCCACUCCGCUACUGGUCUUCUUCCAUGAUCCACCUGAAAUAAUGGGACUGCCCCACCCAGUGACUAACGGACUGGAGGCGCACAACUGCUGGCUUGAUUAUGUUGAGUGGGCUAUUGGCAAGGGUUAUGCCGUGAUUGACGUGAACAUCCCAAAACAUGUCACAACAGACCCGACACAUAAUAGAUACGAGGGAGAGGAUGAAAAUCGGCCAACAGCGACUGAAGAGUUGGCAGGAUACUUGUGGGAUAACUAUAUCGACCCUAAUGAAGCGACGGAAGUGUUCUUUAUCGGGAUCGGGAAUGCAUUUUUCGGGGUUGCCAAUCUUUUAAUCAAUAGAGAGACAUUAUACCAGCGGAUCAACGGAGUCAUUUCAUUUGUUGCGGAGAAUCCGGUUCGUGCAGUUGCUUCGUCCACGCAAGUUUGGUUGUCGAGAUGGUACAAAGACAAUUCGCUUGUCUUUGUUUCGCACGCACAUGGUGUCUGGAAGAGUACAGACCGGCGCAAGCCAUCCAAACGCUACGGGCACCUUCUCCAGUCACCAAAAGCCGGGCUCAGUGAGAUGCUGAUGCACCACAAAGACGAUGUUUUCCAAUGGAUCCAACAGCGGGCUGAACCGCCUGAUAGCGACGAGACGGACGAAGAGAAGCCGGCGAGCCGUUAG